GUGGAGAACUGCCGCUCGAACCACAAGACUUGUCGCGACCUGCAUCAGACAGGCUGGUUGCCCAAGAGACUCGUUGACCUCGAGAACUAUGGGGACGGACAGGUCCGUGUUGUAUUGUCGUCUGCUCUUCCGGGGAACCAGGAUGUCCGGUACCUAGCACUCAGCCACUGCUGGGGUCGCACGCCGUUUCUCGUUUUGGACGAGGGACACGAGGAACUGUUCGCCAAUGGCGUUCUGGUUACUUCCCUGGCCCAGAACUUCCAGGACGCACUCUUUGCGACGGGGAAGCUUGGUUUUCGGUACAUCUGGAUAGACUCUCUGUGUAUCAUCCAAGGAUCCCGGGACGACUGGAUGCAACAAGCACCACUGAUGAACAAAGUGUACAGGAACGCCUCCCUGACUCUCUGUGCGACGGCGUCGCCCGAUGCUCACGGGGGUUUCUUCUGCAACCGAGAACCAGCAUUUGUGAGACCUCACCCGUUUACACUCCGGACAGAAGCCGAAGGCCUGGUCGAGGGCUUGUUAAUCAAGUCAGAUUUCUGGGAAACCGACAUCAGACGGGCGCCAUUGAACCAGAGGGCGUGGGUGGUCCAAGAGCGGCUUCUGGCCCCUCGGAGCCUAUGUUUCGGCCAGAACCAGCUGUUCUGGGAGUGCCAGGAGCUGCAAGCCUGCGAAGUGUUCCCGAAUGGGAUCCCCAAGGAGUUUAUCUCUGAUAUUCAGCACCCCGACACCAUCGACGCAACCUACGCAGACCCGGAGCUGGACACCAUGCGAUGGUACGACAGCCCUUACCAGGUCUGGGACGAGAUCCUCCAGCUCUACUCCAGCUGCGCGCUUACACAAGGCGGCGAUAAGUUAGUCGCCAUAUCAGGGAUCGCAAAGGACCUGGCUGUGUACCUGGACGACGAGUACCUGGCAGGUCUGUGGCGGGCUAAGCUCGUCGACGGGCUGCUGUGGCGCGUCGAGAGGGACGAGAUGACGGGGGCGUACAUCCCAGCGAAGCGGCCGCAGCGAUACCGGGCGCCCACGUGGAGCUGGGCCUCU